AAAAUUGCAAAAAGUGAGAGGCGUUUACGUGAAAACAACGAAGUUCAAAUUGAAAAUGGGCGGCCCGCUCGCCCGCUCUCCCGCUCUGGUUUCGUCAUCCUACUACUAUUCAAUCAUAGGAAGAUGCCAUAUCUGGUCAGCCACUCACUCAGCUUCAGCUUUCAAACUUUACUCUGACACUUCAUUCUGGUUCUGGCUUCACAGAUUCAGCAUAAACCUUUCAUCUUUGGUCUUUAAUGGAGUAAUAAAUCCACGAUUUCCAGUUUCUUAAGAGUGUUUUUUUUUUUUUAAAAAUUUCUUUUUUAUAAUUUUUCGGAUUCAUAGCUUCAGCAUGUCCAGUUCUCGAUUCAUCCCUCGAAAUGCUCUUUCGAAGACUCCACAACCACAAGACGAAGCAAACGAGAAUGAAUUCGAAAACUCGCUGAAUUCAGCUCACUUUCCGCCUCCCAGAACACCACUAAACACUAUCUCUGAUCCAUCUCAGUAUCACACAGAGAUUCAUGAAUCCGAUUUCCUCUCCAAGGGUAAGCUCGAAAGAAUUCGAGCUGCUAGAUUAUCAAGCAAGAAAUUUGAGCCUGUCGAUAAAGCUGAAAGUUUUGGGACACCUAGGAUUUCGAUUCGUCAUGGGAAAGCGCAUUCGGAGCCCAAUUCUUCACAGAAUACUCCGGCGAGAAGUGGCUCCAGAGUUUCUCUCGGUGGAGCGGUCGGAGCUUAUGCCGCUGGGUCUAGAAACACACACUUUAGUAAAGGAAAAGAAACGAGCUCUAGUAACAGGCUUUCAAGAGGGAUAUCCAUAGAAAAUUCUGAUUUUUCAGUGGAAGCUCCGCAUUUUGAGCUCAAUGAAGAUCCUUCAUUCUGGGCGGAUCACAACGUACAGGUUCUGAUAAGAAUUCGGCCACUUAGUAACACGGAGACAGUUGCACAAGAGUAUGGUCGGUGUUUGAGACAGGCGAGUGCACAGACGUUAGUGUGGCUUGGUCAUCCUGAGACCAGAUUCACUUUUGAUCACAUAGCCUGCGAGACCAUUUCCCAGGAAAAGCUAUUCAGGGUCGUUGGGAUACCUAUGGUGGAGAACUGCAUCUCAGGAUAUAACAGCUGUAUGUUUGCUUAUGGCCAGACCGGUAGUGGCAAAACAUAUACCAUGAUGGGUGAGAUAAAUCACCUGGAAGGCAACCUCAGUGAAGAUUGCGGGAUAACCCCUCGCAUAUUUGAGUAUUUAUUUUCAAGGAUUAGAGAAGAAGGAGAUAGUAGGAAAAAUGAAAAGUUAAGGUUCAGCUGCAAAUGUUCUUUUCUGGAGAUACACAAUGAGCAAAUAACAGAUCUGUUAGAGCCUUCAUCGACCAAUUUGCAACUAAGAGAAGAUUUAAGGAAAGGUGUAUACGUUGAAAACCUUACAGAAUACGAUGUAAAGACUGUUCAUGAUGUCAACAAGCUUCUGUCACAGGGUGCUGCAAACAGGAAAAUGGCAGCAACCAACAUGAACAGUGAAAGCAGUCGUUCUCAUAGUGUUUUCACUUGUAUCAUUGAAAGCUUGUGGGAGAGAGAUUCUAUGAACCAUUUUAGGUUUGCAAGAUUAAAUUUGGUAGAUUUGGCUGGUUCUGAAAGGCAGAAAAGCUCUGGUGCAGAAGGAGAUCGCCUAAAAGAAGCAGCAAAUAUAAACAAAUCUUUAUCAACUCUAGGGUUGGUGAUAAUGUCUUUGGUUGAUUUGGCACAUGGAAAACAUAGACAUGUUCCAUACAGAGAUUCUCGGCUGACGUUUCUACUUCAGGAUUCUUUGGGUGGAAACUCGAAAACAACAAUUAUAGCAAAUGUCAGCCCAUCUAUGUGCUCUUCACAGGAAACACUAAGCACUCUGAAAUUUGCCCAACGUGCAAAACUCAUCCAAAAUAAUGCUAAAGUAAAUGAAGAUGCUUCUGGUGAUGUUAGUACUCUUCAGCGGCAAAUCCAACAGUUAAAGGACCAACUGUCCUUUCUAAUAAAGCAUCAUAACCUCAACACUUCUCUAUCUAGUUGUGUGCCAAAUUUUGAAGACUCUACAUUGGCUAUCUACCCUCAAAUGUAUAAUUCCUCAAAAGAAAAUAGAGCAACAGAUGGCCAUAAUUUAACAAAUAGUGCAUGCGAGAAGUUCAAAUGCAUGGAAGCUACCUUAGUUGGUUCACUUAGGAGAGAAAAGAUGGCAGAAACGGCACUCCGGAAGUUAGAGGCUGAAAUAGAUCAUGUGAAGCAAUUUGCUUUCCAAAAGGAGGAGGAAUUGAAGCGAACCAGAAUGAUUCUACGAUUUCGAGAGGAGAAAAUUAAACAACUAGAGAUUUUAGUGGAUGGUGCAUUGCCUGUUGAUCAUUAUCUCACGGAGGAAAACAAAGCUUUAAAGGAAGAGAUUCUGCAACUUCAAGCGAGAAUUGAAAAAAAUCCAGAAUUGACACGUUUUGCUUUGGAAAAUUUAAAACUUCUUGAGCAGCUUCAAUUGUUUCAGAAUUUUUAUGAACAAGGAGAACGAGAAACACUGUUGGCUGAAGUCUCAGAAUUACGUGAGCAGCUUUUGGACAUGCUUGAAAGAAAGCUUAAAUGCUCCUCUGCAUAUGAGAAUCAGGAUAACAAUAUUUUAGAAGAGUUGGAAGAUUGCAGGAACAUGAAUUCCAAACUGAUGAGAGAAGUAGUAGAAUUAAGAGGGGAACUGAAAAAUUAUUCAAGCUGUAAUGAAGCUGCUCUUGUUAAUGUAACAGAUUCUUUUUCCAAUCAUACUGAGGAAAUUAGGCAUAUAGAUAAAUGCUCAUUGGUUGAAACUGUAUCGAUUGUAAGUGAGUCUGGAGAUGAGAUGGCAUCUUAUAGGCUGGCAGAUGAUGCAUAUCUCAAAAACAAAAAUAAUUGGAAGAUGGAUACUAAAUUCUUAAUUGAACCAAUGGAAACUGAGCAUACCCAUCUAUUUAAAGAACUGCCACUUAAACAGGAGCUGAAUCCCCAGUUCAUGGAAAUCUUAAACAAGAAGGACAAAGUAGAAAGAGAAUCUGUGCUUAAGGUUGGAAGUGAGUGUCUAGAAUUACGAAAUUCAGAAAAGCAGAAUAAAAGUCUAGCAAUGGAGGGUAGUGAAGAUGUCAAAAGCAUGGUGUUGCAAGCCAAGUUGGAGAAAUUGACUAGAGACCUUGAGCAGGCAAGGAUACUUAAUUGCCAAUAUCAAGAGGCUCAGGCAUCGAAAUUAUCUCAUCAGCAUCAAGUUGAAUUAAUCCAUGAACAGGUUGAGAUAGAGACUGCAAGAGCAAUUCUUCAUUUACAGGAGGAGGUUACGGCCCUCCAUUUAGAAUUUAAUGAGAAAUUAUCUUGCAUGACCCAAGAAAACAUGAGGCUAAGGAACACCAUAGAGACUAAAGAGGAAGAAAUAAGGAUGCUUUGUGGGGAGUGGGAAAGGGCAACAUUUGAAUUAACGAGCUUCCUUGUAGAAGGUUCAAAAUCCCUUGAAGAUGCCUCAGGUCAGAUUGACAGUAUAAUCUGUUCAUUUCCUCAAGUUAAUGUUUGGAUUAGAGAACACGUGGAGAGGGCUGCCAGAGCUUGCAUUGACAAGGAGGAAGCAAUUUUACGGCUAGAGAAAAGCUUGGAAGAUGCACAGGAGAUGGUGAUAGAAAUGGAGCUGAAGUUAAAUUCCUUGAAGGAUGCCACAAUGGCUUUGAACGGAUUUCCUCAAUCCGACACUGAUCAAAGCAUGGGAGAGGCAAUCAACUUGGGUUUGCUGUUAAAUGAGAAGAGCAACACGAUAAAAAUGCUAGAGAGUAAACUCAAAGUUCAGGAGAAUCACAAUAUUGAAGCAGAAAAACGUGCCCAUGCCGCAUUGCUGGUGGUGAAAUGGCUGUCUGACCAUCACAAGGUUUCUUCCAGUAAUGACAUUGGAAGAGGUAUUCACAUCUCAGAACUCUCUUCUCCCACUGAAAUGGGCAACCAUAAGAUUCUUGAGAUUAAAGAUGAUUCUAAUGCUUUGACUGUGGAAGAUAUUGAGGCUCACGAGGAUUUGGAAAGUUUAGUUUUGGAGUCUGAAAAUGCAAUUAAUUCAUGUUACAUGGAUGUAGAUCUUCAUAUAUCAGCCCUCCGAACAGAUGUUCUUCAAGCUUCUACCACAUACACUAAGUGGUUUAAAGCCUUGGUGAAUGAAAUUCAGGAGUUGAAGUGUAAAUUUAUGGAACUAAAGGAAAGUAAUACAGGUUUUCAGUCUUCUAUAAUAAAAUUUCAAGCAUCAGAAUCACUUGAGCUUCAAAAGUUUGAGAACCAGUUGCAUGUUCUGUGUACAAUAAGGGAUGAACUUGCUAUGAUGAAUGAAAGGCUUAAAAUCAUUGAUGAUUUUCUUAACAAAAAAAUAAAUGCACAUGGCUAUGCAUUAAUGGACGAAUAUUUAACAGAAGCAGAAGGCUGGAGUGCUGAUAAUUGUUUGUCAGGUUAUUCCACAUCUGGUUCUGAAUUUUCAAAUGAAAGUGCUAUUUUAGGGAAUCAAUUGGAUGGAUUCUCACAGACAUGCUGCUCUAAGUUAAAUGGGAGGAUACAUAAACAGAUGGUGGAUCUGAAACUUCAAACAGACUCAUCAGUUCAAUCUGGAUCAGAAAGUUCAAAGAAGCUGUUCGAAAAAUUAUCUCAUGAUGAAGCAGUGACAUUCUGCCUGAGAAAAGAGCUGGAUAUGGCAUUUGAUGCAUUCAACAAACUGUAUAUUCAACUAACCACAAUUUUCGAUGAGACUGAUGUUGUGAAUAUCUCUUACACAGUAGAGAGGAACAAAAUGGUCCAUUCUUUUGGCAUGAUGAUGGAGAUGGAAGAAGCCUCCAGUCAUAAUGCCAGAAAGGUAGUCACUGAUGACGAGGUUAGUCAUGCUAGUAUUUUCUUAAGCAAAUGUGAGGAAGCCAAUGAGGCAAUGAAAGAAGCUGAUCACAUGUUGAAUGCACUGCUAAAAGCUAAUGAAAAUACAAAACAAUUGAAUGGUAUGUGGAAGCAAGCUAGUGAAGAACUGAUGAUGGAGAGAUCACAACUACUUGAAGAAAAUGAGCUACUUAAGUCUUCAAUUUGUUUGAAAGAAGAAGAGAACAAAUUAUUACUGGAUGAAAUUUCUCAUGGUCUGGUAGAAAUAGUAAACUGUGUGUCUCUACUUGAAGGCAGUUUUCUGCAAAUGCAGAGAGAAGUGGAAGACAGAUGUAAGGUUUUAUAUUCAGAUCUCUUAUCUAUGGGAAAAGAUAUACUUCACUUUUUUGGCAGCUCAAGUUCAUCACUUGAAGAUAUUUUCUCUGAUAUAAUGGAGAAGGAAUUUGCCCUUUCUGUGAUGUACCAUUGUGUUGUAGAAGAGGCUAUCCACAAAAUUCCGCGAUUUAAUUUAAGAUCAGGAAUUCACCCAGUUGAGCAGCCAGAAUGUCAGCCAAUAAUAAAUGCUUUUCAUAAAGUUCGUUCCAGUGGACAAGAUGAUAUUAUGAUUUCCAAUAAAAAUGUUACUAAGGGAGAGGAAUUGGUCACAGACUUGGAAGGAGGAGUGCUGGGGGUAUCAUAUGAUAAUAUGGUAUAUGAAAAUGUGUCUCUUAAGAAAGAAUUGGAAAGGAAAGAAGUUUUAUUGAAGGGUUUGCUUUUUGAUUUUAGCUUGCUGCAAGAAAUAGCCUCAAAUAAGAAGGACAUCAAAGAUGAAACUGAAAUGCUAAUUUUGGCUUUAAGUGAAGUUCGACAUGAGCUACAGUUGAGAACAAGUCAGCUUGAUAGCCUGCUGGUUCAAUAUAAAAAAAUUGAAGGCCAACUGGCUGAUACUGAAGAUGCUUUAUUCAUUUCGAAGUCCGAGCUUAUGCAUGCUAAUGAAAGAUUAGAUACUUUGUCGGACCAAAAUUCUGAGUUAAGGAUCCUUCUAAAAGAUCUCUAUCUCAAAAGAUCUCAAGCUGAAGAACAAUUGGCAGAACAAAUGGAAGUUGUCAGAGGGCUGGAACAGGAAAUUAUUCACUUAAAUUCUUCUCUGGACAGAAAAUUGUGCUCUUCAGUUGAAGGCCCUGAGGAAGACCUAUUAAAGGUCAUUAAUGAGAGAGAGAAACUCCGUGAAGAGGUUUGCUCCUUGAAUGAUAAGCUUGAGGUGACAUGUGCAUUAGUAGAUGAAAAGGAAGCUAUUGCUGUUGAAGCGCGGCAGGAGUCAGAGGCAAGUAAAAUAUAUGCUGAACAGAAGGAAGAAGAGGUCAAGAUUUUAGAACAUUCUGUUGAAGAGCUUGAAUGUACCAUAAACGUACUGGAGAAGAAGGUAUAUGAAAUGGAUGAGGAGGUAGAAAGACAUAGGUUGAUUAGGGAAUCAUUAGAACUGGAACUCCAAGCUUUGAGACACAGAUUAUCAACAGUCGAUAACUUCCCUGACACUUUGGCUGCUGAUAACACGUAUUCUUCACAAAACGAAGAUAUCAUUUGGCAAUACAGUAAACUGGAACUGCAUGAGGCACAUAAUCAGAUACGACUUCUUGAGAGGGAUAUUGCAGAAAAGGAUAAAGAGAUCAAGCAAUGCAAAGAGUACAUCUCUGAACUCGUCUUGCAUUCCGAGGCCCAGGCAUCACAAUACCAAGAGAAGUACAAGACUUUAGAAGCCAUGGCUCAUGAAGUUAAAAUAGGUUUAUCAAAUUCAACAUCAGCAGCACCUGCACAGGGUAGAAGUGAGAAAAGCUCAGUGAGAACAAGGGGCUCAAGCUCACCAUUUAGAUGCAUUUCAAAUUUGGUUCAGCAGAUGAAUUUGGAGAAGGAUCAGGAAUUAUCAGCGACAAGGCUUCGCAUAGAAGAGCUAGAAGCAGUGUUGGCUAGUCGGCAAAAGGAGGCAUGUUCGUUAAAUGCAAGACUGGCUGCAGCAGAAAGCAUGACACAUGACGUCAUCCGUGAUUUACUUGGUGUCAAAUUGGAUAUGACUAACUAUGCGAAUUUGAUUGAGCAGCAUCAGGUCCAGAAAUUAGUGGAGGCAGCUCAUCUGCAGACAGAAGAGUUCCAGGCAAUGGAGCAAGAAAUCCUGAACCUCAGGAGACAGAUUAAUGAUCUCAUCGAGGAAAAAGAGAGUUGCAUGUCUGAAAUAAAUAAGAAAGUAGCAGAUAUACUUGCUGCUCAGAUCACUGUAGAGCAACUGCAGGAGCGGGAUCAGUUGCUUUCUGCACAGAAUGAAAUGUUGAAGAUGGACAAAACCAAUCUACUGAGAAGAGUUGCAGAACUGGAUGAGAUGGUAAAAACCCUUCUUGGAAAACAAAGUAGCCAACAGCAGAUUCAACAGGCAUCAAAAACUAAGGAGAAUAGCAUGUUGAAAAUGGGGGAUGCUGAUUUAAGCAAGAGGCUAGCAAACUCGGAAAAGCUUCUUAAUCGGGUGAAUGAUGAACUUGCUCAGUACCGCAGAUUUAGCAGAAAUCAUCCACACGUCAAAAACUAUGGGCAUGGCUCGGAAUUUAAACAGAGGUAGGUGAGGUCCUCAGGAAUGACGCGCCUUCUUUCUUUUUCUUUUUCUUUUGGUAUAGGUUUCAGCUAAAGUCACCAAAUAGCUUUUGCAUUCAACCAAAAAUCAUCCAUGCCAAAAUUGGGGGAGCUUACAGGGAGUGUGAAUGCCUGCCAUGUGGUUUGGCCCCGAGAAACAUGUCACACAUGGAAAGUUACUUAAACGAUGCGUGCGCAAAUCUAAUAUUUGUAAUUGUGCAGUCAAUGGGUUAUUUUUAUUUUUUUAAUUUGUUUAGAAUUGUGGUAGAAAUAGAAUCAAUGGUGUUUUACAGAUUAA